UCCGUGCCAGUGUCGCCGCACUAUCCGCUUCUUGGUCCCAAACGCUACCGUCCUCUGGAACGAAACCGCCCAGGCCUCCCCGCGGAAGCAACGCGGGGUGGUAUUUCCUUUACCAAAUGCAACCUCGGGAACUACCAGGUCGGCGACCUCGCAACACACGGAUUCGAAUACUUUAUACCGUCUGUGCGACCCAAGUUGCAGAUCCCGCGAUUGCGACAGAGCACACGCGCACGCACACACUCUGUUGUCACACGCCGGCAGAGGAGAAGCUGCGAGAGUUGAUGUUUGCGGGGAACCGUCGCCAACUUGGCGGAGAUAUCGUGACCGACUUGGAUGGAGGCUGCGCCGGGGUGAUGCCCGAGCGCACAAGGUCGUCCGGUUUUUUACAGGGCGAAACCCGGCAGUUUCACCGUUCUCAUGUCGUGCACCUCGAAGAGAACACUUGGAGGGGGACCGACCCAUGGAACAUUGUUUUGACUUUCCCGACUCUUUUCAAACAGCCGAAGCGCCGGGGCGAAGAAGCCACCGCAGCGCCCCCAGAUCCAUUUCGAUUUCUCUGCAGGCCCGACGCCGUUUGCAUGUCAGAAAGCAAAGCUUGCAUCCUCCAGAUCACGGAGACCGAUUCCCGGGGUGAAACAAACCCAUCCGCAGAAGAGCGGAGAAGCAUGACGGAAUGGGACCGCCGUCACGGAACCAGAAGUCGGCGCCAAUCUGUUCUUGAAGAAGGAUCUGCGCGAGGAUUCCACAAUCGUGGGCCCCUGUUGACAGAGAUCGAUCCGGAUACGUCCACGGCUCGCCGGAUACUCACACGGCGUCUAGCCGACUCGAGAAAGUGGAGCUGGGCCGCAGCCGUGUCAAAAUUGCAGUGGGAAGAUCAUCUGCGAUGGGACUGUGUGGAUGGCAUUUCAACUUCCCAGGAUUUUGCCCAGCUCGCGGCAACUUCCGGCCGACUCGCAGACACUUGCGACCCCCGGAUCGAGCGAAUGGCAUAACUGGGACCUGAAUCCAUUGUGGGUUUGGUCGGGUCCACGGGUCUCGACUUGGUCCCGAGUUCCCUGAGUUCCCUGGCACACAGGCGUUGAGAUCCCUGUGUGCUUACCCAAAGUUAUCCCGACCACAGUUGUCGUUACACCAGAAGGAUCAUGAAUCCAGCUGCGCUCGCUCAAUGAACAAAAUUGGUGACACGGCCGCUGGACUCCGCCGAUCGGCUUUGCGACUGUCGCAAGAAAUCCCCCGAGGUGUUUUGUUCCUUGCAAGAUGAAACAAAACAUCGACCCAGCGCCUCAUGGUAUAUCUCCACAACGAAGAUCAUUGACACAGGCAGCUGAUUGGUCAAAAUACGAAGAAGACCGAGUCGUGACGCUGGGCA